CGGCAUACUACUCGUCGGGACCUUCUCUCCUACUUGCUAGAAUCCUUGGCGAUAAGUCUUUGUACCUUGCUCCUUCUUCGACCUGUCUCACUUCUUGGCAGAAUCCAUCCCGCAUCACAUAAGUAGUCGCGCUACUGCAAGGUACCGACGAUUUGGCAUACACUUCACCCUGGCAGCCAUUGCUCAUUCACACCACGCCAGUUUCAAUCGCCGGCAGAGCACGCAGGGACGCUCCACGGCCCUCGGUCUUGCGUAGCAGCUUUGCCCACUAGCUCAAUUAGGCCUAUCCUUCACAACCAUCGUCCAGCGACUCGCUUGCGCAGAAAGCAUCAGUGUCAACCAUAAUCUCUCUACGGCCGCUUUCGUCAGUGGCGCAGCCCUUCGCGGUUCCCUCCGCAUUAUUCUCUAGCUCAACAGCCUCAACGACCUCUCCAAUCUUUCGGCGCUUCAGCACCAGGAUGGCGAGUGCCAGCACAAGUACAUCCUCGGCUCCAGCUGUGUCCGGUCGGGUGGCGGAUGGGCCCUCUCUUCGACUCAACUUGCGCAAGAGGCAGGCUCAACCUCUGUCAGCUGGACAGUCAUCGAUGUCAUCAUUUUCGUCUUCGUCUGCAAAGCCUACAACAGCUAUCGACCCUCAUGGUGUGGAGAGCUCGGGGACCAAGAACGUCGUUGUACUCGGAGGAAGCUAUGGAGGCAUGCACGCCGCCUCUGUUCUAGCUCAGAAACUCCCUCCCUCGCAUCGUGUCAUCCUGAUUGAGAGGAACAGCCACUUCAACCACCUUUACGUCUUUCCUCGCUUCUCUGUCUUGCCUGGACAUGAGCACAAAGCAUUCAUUCCCUAUACUUCAAUCUUCGGUACCGCUCCCAAGAGGCGCAGCACUGCAAAGGUAGCAACCCAGCAAAAACAGCAGCGAGGUCGAAAGGACCGGGAUCUGGAGAAAUCGGUGGGAUCUUCCUCGCAAGGCAUCUUGGAGAUGGGCGGAGAUGCCAGACCGUCUCCCACGCAAGCUCAAGAGUUGGUCAGCGAUGCAAAUGGCGAAGCUGCCUCUCCUUCCGACGAGGAGGGGUCAUGGGCCAGUGACUCCAGUGGCAGGAAGGGUGCUGGUAGUACGAGAGACUCCCUCUUCAGCGCGCGCAGCAGCAGUACCACCUCGACCAGCCCAACCGCCUUUACCGAUGAGGCGUCUGCGGACAAUGACCCAGGCAACAAAGCAAUGGAAGGUGCACUUCUCGCUGAUGGAGAGAAGCAUGCUCGGGCAGAGGAGCAUCUUGGACGCCCUCCUCUUGAAGUUACCGAGCUGGGAGACGCUAUGGACAAGGGUCUGGAUUUAACUGGCGAGCAGAAUGAUGCGCUAGAAGACGCUGGACUCCCUUCGUCUCCCAGCGAGAAUGCUUCGGAUGAGGAGGCGGAUCAAGGCUUCGAAGACUCGGCACCACAUGUAGUUCUCCAAGCCAGUGUCACCAACAUCACCGACUCCCACGUUGUGGUCACACCUGCUGCAGACGAGAGCUCUGGAAAGGCAGCAUCCUCAAAGCUGUGGUCCAUCGACUCGCUUUCCAUCCCUUAUACGCAUCUCAUAUAUGCACUCGGCUCCCAUCUGCCGGAUCCAUUACGAACGGUAGCUCGAACCAAACCGCAGGGCAUGCACUGGAUGUCUGAUGUGCAGAAUCAGAUCAAGAACUCUGAGCGUAUUGUCCUCGUUGGAGGAGGCGCUUUGGGCGUGGAGUUUGCCACUGAUAUCAAGAGUGUUUAUCCCGACAAGGAUGUGACCCUGAUACACUCUAGGCAGAGGCUGCUGCCCAACUUUGAUGAGAGGAUUCACGAGAUUGCCAAGGCUCGGAUGGAAGAGCUGGGAGUGAAGCUGGUGUUGGGUGAGCGCUUGGCGCUGACGGAAGGAUGCCCACAGGGCAGCACUACUGCACUGGAUCCAGACCCAGAACACGAAGCUAGCCAAGAUGCUUCGCGGCCAAAGCCAAUUAGACGCCCCAGCGAUGCGCUACAUUCUGGCCUCAAGCGGGUGCGGACAACGGGUGGCAAAGAGUUCAUCUGUGACCUUCUCAUGCUCUGUACAGGCCAACAGCCCAACUCGGGUCUGAUGGCCUCCCUCUCUCCCUCCUCUGUGGAUAGUCACACGCGCCUCGUCAGGGUGCAGCCGACCCUGCAGGUCGCCUUGCCGCCACCUGAGGAGGCUGUCCCGGGCCCGUUCGAUGCUCGUCCACCUUGUGGAGACUGCGAUUGUUUCCUCGACAAGAAGGCGGCUGGCUCGCAGCUGGACGAGCGGCAGGAGCGGCACUUGGAUGAUCAUGGCAGGGACUCUGAGGAGGCUGCUUCCAGGCAAGGGCGCAUCCCGAAUGUGUACGCCAUCGGCGAUGUGGCAGACGCUUUCGGGUCGCUUAAUGCCGGUUACCAGGCUUGGAACAUGGCAGACGUGGCCGCCGAGAACAUCGUCCGCGAUAUCGGCAUUGCCUCGACCGACAACUCAGCCGCGACAGUCGACGAUAAGAGGAGCCCUUCUCCUUCGACCAAAGUACAGCCGGUAGAGAUGUUGACGUUUACACCUGCGCCAAAUAUGCUCAAGCUCAGCUUGGGACUGGGUAAGAUGGUCUCACAGGGUGGCCCGGUCACAGACAAGGAUGAGAAUGGCAACGAGCGGACGCGGCCCGAGAUCAGUGUCAAGGAGGAUCCGCAUGACCUGGGUGUUGUGGGCGUGUGGCAGUUCAUGGCGGGAGCCCCAACAGAAGACUUGUACAAGUGAAGAGCCAGCUGAGAGACCGCCUCUCGUACUGCAGGCAGUGUUUCACUGCUGCCAAUGUCAACAUCACGAAAGCACCUACCUCGCCUUGCAUUUGCCCU